UGAAAAUAAAAUGGUGGUCAGAUUGAAACUUGGAUUUCGUCUGCUUCGCUGUAAUUUGUCCUAUAAAACAAGACUCUCAAAAGUAUCUCAACCAAAGGAGACAUUUCGCAGAGCAUAUUGCAGUUCGGAAUCCCCAGCUAAACUUGAUGAAAACAAAAUGAACAACAACGUAUCAGAAUAUGAGACCUUUUCGUGGAUGAAAAAGAUUGCACCAGUUUUCCCAGUUAAUGGUAACAAGAUCAAAGUGCUUUACCAGCCUGCUGAGUUCUUCACUGCACUAAAGGACAAUGUUUCUAAAGCACAACACAGAAUUGUUAUUGCCUCUCUGUAUCUUGGGUCUGGGCACUUGGAACAGGAACUGAUUGAUUGUAUAUACAAAGCAAGUCAACUAUCCAAGGAGAACAAUGGAAAUCUGAAAGUUGAUAUUCUACUAGACCACACCCGAGGCUCUCGAGGGAAAGUGAACUCACGAACAAUGUUACUUCCUCUUCUACAAGACUUUGAGAAUGUGUCAGUUGCUUUGUAUCACACGCCUGAUCUGAGGGGCUGGUUAAGGCGGGUCAUGCCAGAGAAAUUCAAUGAGACGAUAGGUCUGCAACAUAUGAAAAUCUACUUGUUUGAUGAUACUCUCAUUAUUAGUGGAGCCAACUUAAGUAACGACUACUUCAGCAAUAGACAAGAUAGAUACGUCAUGUUGGAGAAUUGUAAAGAUUUGUCAGACUUCUAUAGUAACCUCAUACAGACAACCUCAACAUUCUCCAUGCAGCUGCAACCAGACAACUCAGAGAAACUCUCACAAGACUUCCCCUAUCAUCCAUAUAAAGAUAGAGAUGGAGGUAAAAAGUUCAAAGCAGAGGCUAAGCAGCGAAUAGAUAAUCUAAUACAUCAGUACAUGCAGAGUGAGCCGCCAGGAGUUCCCUCUGCAAGCGGAGAUAUGCCCCAAAAACACAACACAUCCCCAGAAGUGAAAAAUGUACUCUUUGAGACAAUUAGGUCAUACACCACAGGAGUCAAUCCAAAUACUAUUCCAACAGACUUAAAUCCAUCAAUGCAGAAUAUACAUGCAAAUCAACAAAAUGAUCAUAUAGGCAAUCAUGUUGAUCCAAAGGACCACAAAAGUUGUAUACAAAAUAAAAAGACAAAAGAAGACACUCCUGAUACAUGGGUAUUUCCCUUGAUCCAGAUGGGUCAGCUUGGAGUUUUUAUGGAUAAUUAUGUGACUGAGGGGCUGCUGGUUUCAGCUCCUGACGCAUCUAAUCUCCAUCUGACAUCUGGAUACUUCAACCUAACUGAUGAAUACCUUAAUACUAUACUACUGAAUUCCAAGGCAGAUUAUGAUAUUCUCAUGGCUCACCCAGAGGCCAAUGGUUUUUUCACUGCAAGAGGUAUAUUAGGAGCCAUACCUCCUGCUUAUACCAGGAUAGCCAAACUCUUCAAUGAUAGACUAAUACAACACAAACAAGAGAACAGGAUAAAACUUUGUGAAUAUUUCCGUAAAGACUGGACUUUCCAUUCAAAAGGUCUCUGGUAUUACUUGCCUGGUGAUAAACUUCCUGUACUCACUCUCAUAGGAUCUCCAAAUUUUGGCUACAGAUCUGUGUAUAGAGACCUGGAGAGUCAACUAGCUAUAGUCACUGAGAACCAAGAGUUAAGGCAACAAUUACAUCUGGAGCAGCAGAAGUUAUACAGCUUGUCCACACCAGUCAAUGCUGAGACAUUUAGACAACCAGAUAGAUAUGUACCAAUGUGGAUUCGUUUAGUCAUCAGGGUCAUCAAAACAUUCUUCUAAGAUGGUUUGCUUACCUCUCAUGCGAAUAGAGUAAUGCCUUCAGUGAUAUUUUAGAUUUGACUUUAGUAGAAAUUGGUAUUAACAUGUACUAGAUUACAUGUAUUAGAUUGAUACAUAUCAUGGGGCCUUUCUAUAGAAAUGCAUGGCUCAGAUGUACCUGUAUCAUGUGUACUGGGAUCAUUUGAAUCAAGUUUGAUUUAUUUCAUUUUAAAUGCUGUCAAAUUGCUCAUUUGAAAGAAUGUGAAAAUUCACAUUUCUGCCCAAAACAAAUUUCUUGGUCUGUAAAGAUACAAAAUCACUUAUCGUAUAUCAUAUUGAAUAUCUGAAUCCAGAGCAUGUUGUUAUCAACUGUACAUCUCCUUAAUUUGGCGGCCAUUUUUAUUUGGCCAAUCCGCCAAAUUGUUCCAGCAUUAAGUUGUCACCAAAUUCCCCAGUAAUGUUCCUAAAUUCCCGGGAAU